GCUUCAGUCAGCAGAGGCGACCCAAACAACUCGCACAAUGAGUGAGCCCCGAGAAUCCGGCGAUCCCACGCCUCCUCGCAAGGCUGCGGAGCACCAGAAAGAUCCUCCCCAGAAAGAGGCAGCAGCAGUGGCAGCAGCUGAUUUCGAGACAGCCAUCGAUGCCGCUGGCUUUGGGAUGUUCAACAUCCUCCUGCUGGUGGCCGCCGUUCCAGCGGCCAUGGGCACCGUCUACGAGACCUCCACGAUGUCCUACAUCCUGCCCAGCGCCGAGUGCGAUCUCAAGCUGAGUCUGCUGGACAAGGGCAUCCUGAACGCCAUCACCUACGCGGGCAUGAUCAGCUCGGCGGUGAUGUGGGGCUACCUGGCCGACACCAAGGGCAGGAAGAAUCUCCUGAUUGUGGGCUACGCCGCCGACACGAUUUGCGUGCUGGGAGGAGCCCUCAGCCAGAACAGGAUCCAGUUGAUUAUUUUCAAGUACCUUGGUGGCUUCUGCAUGAGUGGCCCCUUCGCCGUUCUUAUGACCUAUCUGACGGAACUCCACGGACGGAAGCACCGACAGCGCAUCAUGAUGAUGGUGGGCAUCAUGUUCUCCAUUGCAACGCUCACGCUACCGGGUUUGGCCAUGCUGAUUCUGCCCGAGACGUGGAACGUCCGUAUCUGGAAUUUUUCACUGACCUCCUGGCAGUUCUUCGUUGCCAUCACCGCACUGCCCAGUCUGCUGAGCUUUGUGCUCUUCUUUUUCUUCCCGGAGAGUCCCAAGUUCCUCAUGUCCAAGGGGCGCAACCAGGAGGCCCUGGCUGCCUUCAAGUUCAUGUAUCACCUGAACUCGAGAAAACCCAAGGACUCGUUUCCAAUCAAGGUGCUGGCCAACGAAGUAAUCGUUCCGGUGAAGAAGCACGCCAAGGAGGAAACUCCUCCGACGGAGGAAAAGCCUCCGACUGAGUGCGACGUCGUUCAGGAUCCGGAGAGUCAGGACUCCAAGAAGAGCUCUCUGCGCUCGGGUUUCACCCAGCUCCGUCCACUUUUCACCAAACCUUACCUAAGUCUCUCCCUGUGGGUCUACCUCCUGAACUUUUGCGUGCUCUUGGGGCAAAACACCAUGCGACUGUGGCUGCCACAACUAUUUGCGUCCAUCAACGAGUACGAGAACUUGAUGAGCGGCAAAUCGCAAUCGACGAGCAUCUGCAACAUCCUGGAGUACAGCGUCAAUCGCACCCAAAGACAACUGGAGGCAGUUACCCGGAAUGAUCCCAUGGUCGAGUGCCACGUGAACAUAACACCCUCCACCUACACCAACAAUCUGAUUGUGGCCGCUGCUGGUCUCGUGGCAUACAUGCUGGCUGGGUUCCUGGUAAAUUUAGUUGGCGUCAAGCGCAUAAUGACCAGUGGCCUCUUCAUAGCGGCCUGCUGCUCCAUUGGGAUGUACUGGUCCAGCUCGGCAGUGUCCACAGUCGCACUGGCUUCGCUCUUCGUGACCAUGGGCAGCAUAUCGGCCACUUCGGUGAUCAGCGCCUCAGUCAACCUCUUUCCCACGUCGCUCAGGACGAUGAUCGUCUCGCUGGAAAUGAUGUUCGGCCGCCUGGGUUCUCUGCUGGGCAACAUAUUCUUCCCGGCUCUGAUGGGACUGGGCUGCGUGCCACCCUUCCUCAUGAUCAGUUUGUUCAUGCUGGCUGGGUGCAUUAUGGCCACAUUCCUGCCCCUGAAGAACAAGGCCGCUCUCAAGUGAGCUCCUUCGGACUGGACCGUCUCCGCCGGAGGACUCGAACUCGGCUCCGUUCCACCGCUGUACAUAGUGUAUUUAACUUAUUUCCUAGCUUAGUUCGUUGCCUCCACGCUGUUUGCCUCUUGCGAGAGCUACAAUAUUUACGGCAACAGAAACCCUAGUUCUCAACUCCAUUAAAUCAAUGCAAUCUGCAAGGGUUUUUAA